AUGGAGGGUGAACUCGGCCAACGUAAUCAAGUAAUGCAGCAGAUGAAGGCUGAUCUUCAGAAUAAUGAAGCACGAAUCGAGCAUAUGAAGAAGGCCACUGCUGUGAAAGAGCAGCAUUUCAAGGAAUCUGAAACUUCAUUGGUCAGUUGUUACUUUUUAUCUUAA